AUGGGGAAAACCGGAAUCCAGUUGUUCGACGAUGCUAGCAAUGGUUUUUUCUCCGUUUCCGAUUUAGGAUGCGAUUGGAUCCCAAACAGCGGAAAUUACCACCCAAUCGGCGGGUUAUUCGCCAGCGUCAAUCAAACCAAUCAAUUAGGAUCCGGAUUCGGGUCGGGUUCGUCUCCCAACAGAGGCAAUCACAGCUUAGCUGCCCAGCUCAAUGAUCUCUACACUAAGUACAUGCCGGGGAAAGAGGAAGAGGGAGAAGAAGUUAACGGUGAGAAGCAGAAGAAGAAGAAAGGUGGGCUGAAAUUGAAGAUUAAGAUCGCCAAUCCUUCGUUGCGGCGGCUGUUAAGCGGAGCCGUGGCCGGAGCUGUCUCGAGGACGGUGGUUGCGCCCUUGGAGACGAUCAGGACACAUCUAAUGGUCGGAAGCGGCGGAAGCUCCUCCAGCGAAGUGUUCGGUGAUAUCAUGAAGCAUGAAGGUUGGACUGGUCUCUUCCGGGGCAAUUUGGUCAAUGUCAUUCGUGUCGCUCCUGCUAGAGCCGUCGAGCUUUUUGUAUUCGAGACAGUAAACAAGAAACUGUCACCGGAAAAUGGAGAGCAGUCAAAAAUCCCAAUCCCAGCUUCGUUACUCGCCGGUGCUUGUGCCGGAGUUAGCCAAACACUCUUGACAUACCCUCUAGAGCUAGUCAAGACUCGCCUGACAAUUCAGAGAGGUGUUUACAAGGGGAUUUUCGACGCGUUUGUGAAAAUCAUACGCGAGGAAGGACCUACAGAGCUCUACAGGGGUCUUGCUCCGAGUCUUAUCGGAGUUGUUCCAUACGCAGCUACAAACUACUUUGCGUAUGAUUCGUUAAGAAAAGCGUACCGGAGUUUCUCAAAGAAAGAGAAGAUUGGAAACGUUGAGACUCUUUUGAUAGGUUCUUUAGCGGGUGCGUUGUCGAGCACCGCGACUUUCCCUCUUGAGGUGGCUCGGAAGCAUAUGCAAGUGGGAGCGGUUAGCGGGAGAGUUGUGUAUAAGAACAUGUUGGAUGCUCUGGUGAGCAUACUUGAGCAUGAAGGUAUUUUAGGUUGGUACAAAGGGCUUGGACCGAGUUGCUUGAAGUUGGUUCCUGCUGCUGGAAUCUCCUUCAUGUGUUAUGAAGCUUGCAAGAAGAUACUCGUCGAGAACAACGACAACAACCAAGAAGCCUGA